GUUUAUGUAAUGCUCGUGGUUUUGAAUACAAUUGAAUCUUUGUACGCGUCAUACGUUUUGUCCGAAUCCUAUGCGUCGCUUAGAAUUGGUCUGUUGUUUGUUUUACACGUUUCGUGUGUUACGGUUAUUGUCGGACGCGGGAAGCUGAUAAAAGUAACUUGGAUGUUGUCCAUUUGAAAGGGAAUAACAGAUGUGCAUUUCUAUAAACCUCGCGGUUCAUGUGCUUUUGAUUCGGCGGUAGUGCGGUUUAUAAAACAAAAUUUGUUUUGUUUGUGUGUGUGAAUGUCUUCUGAGUGAAUGGAGCAGUGACUAGGUCUUAAGUCCAAGGUUACUGUUGCGUAUACUUGUCGUUUGUCUGUUUUUGACUGAAAUUUAAGUCUCAUAAAAAAAAAGAAAUAUGGCUACGAUGACAGAACAAGUGUCCAAGCUUUUGGAUUUUUCUCAAAAACUUGAUAUUACACUUUUAGAAAAUAUUGUUGGUUGUAUGUAUACGGGCACUGGUGAUCAACAACGAGCUGCUCAAGAAGUAUUAACUACAUUGAAGGAGCAUCCUGACGCAUGGACAAGAGUAGAUACUAUACUUGAAUUUUCAAACAAUCAGCAAACUAAAUAUUUUGCUUUACAAAUUUUGGAACAACUGAUUAAAACUCGUUGGAAAGUAUUACCUAGAAAUCAAUGUGAAGGUAUUAAAAAGUAUAUUGUUGCACUCAUUAUAAAAACAUCUUCGGACCCAGGAACAAUGGAACGUGAAAAAACUUAUUUGAAUAAAUUAAACAUUAUCCUUGUUCAAGUUUUAAAACGAGAGUGGCCAAAAAAUUGGGAAUCAUUUGUUGGUGAAAUAGUUGGAGCUAGUAGAACAAAUGAAAGCCUUUGUCAAAAUAACAUGACUAUAUUGAAACUGCUAAGUGAAGAAGUAUUUGAUUUUUCAGCUGGAAAUAUGACUCAAAUGAAAGCAAAGCAUUUAAAAGACACAAUGUGUUCUGAAUUUGCACAAAUUUUUGAACUUUGUCAAUUUGUCUUAGGAACUUCUCAAAAUGUGGCUUUAGUAAAUGCAACACUAGAUACUCUUCUUAGAUUUCUUAAUUGGAUACCUCUUGGUUACAUAUUUGAAACUGAUUUAAUUGAUACAUUGAUUUUUAAAUUUUUUAAUGUUCCUAUGUUUCGAAAUGUUACAUUACAAUGUUUGACCGAGAUUGCUGCAGUAACAGUACCAAAUUAUGAUGCUGCAUUUGCAGGUCUCUUUUCAAAAACCAUGGCGCAACUUGUUCUGAUGUUACCUAUCCAUACAAAUAUUAAAGAAGCGUAUGCAUCUGGACAAGACCAAGAACAAAAUUUUAUACAAAAUUUGGCAUUAUUUUUAUGUACAUUUCUCAAAGAGCAUGCUCUUUUAGUAGAAAAAAGUGGAUCUAAUGAAGAUUUAUUGAAAGCACUGCAUUAUUUGGUCAUGAUAUCUGAAGUUGAUGAGAUUGAAAUAUUCAAGAUUUGUUUAGAGUAUUGGAAUAGUUUGGCAGCUAGUUUGUACCGAGAAAAUCCAUUUGGACAGUUGCAAAUAGUUGGUCUUUUUUCACUUUCUCCGAAUAGUAGACCAGAUGGCAACACUAUCUCCCCUAGACGACAAUUUUAUGCGCCAGUUCUAUCUCAAAUGCGUUACAUUAUGAUAAGUCGCAUGGCUAAACCUGAGGAAGUUUUAGUUGUAGAAAAUGAAAAUGGAGAAGUGGUUAGAGAGUUCAUGAAAGAUACAGAUGCUAUAAGUUUAUACAAAAGUAUGAGAGAAACUCUUGUUUAUUUGACUCAUUUGGACUGUGUAGAUACUGAGCGUAUUAUGACUGAAAAGUUGCAUAAUCAAGUUAAUGGAAAUGAGUGGUCUUGGAAAAAUUUGAAUACUCUUUGUUGGGCUAUUGGCAGUAUUUCUGGAGCAAUGCAUGAAGAAGAUGAAAAGAGAUUUUUGGUCACAGCUAUUAAAGAUUUAUUAGGGUUAUGUGAACAAAAAAAAGGCAAAGAUAACAAAGCCAUUAUCGCUUCCAACAUUAUGUAUGUAGUUGGUCAAUAUCCAAGAUUUUUACGGGCUCAUUGGAAGUUUUUGAAAACAGUUGUCAACAAAUUGUUUGAAUUCAUGCACGAAACUCAUGAUGGUGUUCAAGAUAUGGCUUGUGAUACCUUCAUAAAAAUUUCAAUGAAAUGCAGAAGGUAUUUUGUACAAGUUCAAGUUGGAGAAGCUAUGCCAUUUAUUGAUGAAAUUCUUAAUUCAAUGGCUACAAUUAUUAGCGAUUUGCAACCACAACAAGUGCAUACAUUUUAUGAAGCUGUUGGUAUUAUGAUAAGUGCUCAAGUGAAUUCUAAAAUUCAAGAACAGCUUAUUGAUAAAUAUAUGCUGUUACCAAAUUUAAUUUGGGAUGAUUGUAUUAGUCAAGCUUCAAAAGAUGUAGAGAUAUUAAAAGAACCAGAGUUUGUCAAACAAUUAGGUAACAUUUUGAAAACAAAUGCUAGAGCUUGUAAAUCUCUUGGACAUCAAUAUGUUGUUCAAUUGGGUAGGAUAUAUUUGGAUAUGUUGAAUAUUUACAAUGUAAUGAGUGCAAAUAUUACUGAUGCUAUUGCAACCAAUGGAGAUAGUGUUACUAAACAACCUUUGAUUAAAAAUAUGAGAGUUAUUAAAAAAGAAACAUUGCGUUUGAUAGCAGAUUGGAUUUCUAGGUCUAAUGAUAAUGCUAUGGUAUUAGAAAACUUUAUUCCUCCUCUAUUGGAAACAGUAUUGGCUGAUUAUAGUAAAACUAUGCAUCCAUCAGCUAGAGAACCAGAAGUACUUAGUGCUAUGGCAACAAUAAUUGAUAAACUACAAUCAGAUAUAACACCUGCAGUAUCCAAAAUUUUGGAUGCUGUGUUUGAAGCUACACUUACGAUGAUAAAUAAAGAUUUUGAGCAGUUUCCUGAACAUAGAACAAAUUUCUACCUCCUUCUACAAGCAAUAAAUAAUCAUUGCUUUGUUUCAUUCCUGUCCAUACCAGCUCCUCAAUUUAAAUUAGUUUUGGAUUCAAUAUUUUGGGCUUUUAAACAUACUAUGCGUAAUGUUGCUGACACUGGAUUAUUGAUAUUGUACAAAUUAUUACAAAAUGUUCAACAACAUAAACAAGCAGCUCAAAGUUUCUAUGUAUCAUAUUUUACUGAUAUUCUGCAGCAUGUUUUUUCUGUUGCUACCGAUACAUCGCAUACUGCGAGUUUAUUAAUGCAUGCGCAAAUCUUAUCCUACAUGUUCAAAUUAGUUGAGAGUGAUAGGAUUGAAGUUUUGUUGAGUGCACCUGGUGCUCCUCCAGACGGUGAAGUCACUGAAAAAAAUGUUGCUUAUGUUCGUGAUUUUGUAGCAUCAUUACUAAAGACAGCCUUCCCUCAUUUGGCUGAUCCUCAAAUUGCCCUUACUGUGCAAGGCAUGUUUAAUUUGAAUCACGACCUUGUAGCUUUUAAAGAUCAUCUUCGUGAUUUCCUUGUUCAGAUAAGAGAAUUCACGGGAGAAGAUAUAUCUGACUUGUAUCUCGAAGAAAGAGAACAGGCAUUAAGAGCGGCUCAAGAAGAAAAGCGUGAAGUGCAGAAGACUGUACCUGGUAUAUUAAAUCCACAUGAAAUCACUGAUGAUAUGCAAGAUUAAAAUAAUGAAUUUUUGGCAAAUUUCGCAUAACAUGCAUAUACUUGUUUUGUUACAUUUGGUUAUCAUUUUAUUCAUAAAAUCCAUCCAUUCGAAGCUGAACUUAUAAUAUUUUAUUUUUAGCAUGUUUAGACAUUUUUUUUUUUUUUUUUACUGUCUUUUUUGCUAAUAAGUAAAUAGUUUGUAAAUUUCAUUGACAAACCAAACUUUUUAACAUUUUGUAUGUUGAGAAAAGUUUAUACUAAAACUGAAAAAUUGACUGGCUGAGAAUGAUUUAAGUUAAAACUUACUGGUAUUUGCUGUUGCUAUAGGCAUGUAUUUUUUAACCCACCAAUUCUAUUUAUUUAGACUACUAUUUGGUAAGUU